UUUAUGUUUCGAUUUAGCCUACACCAGAUGCACUACGAACUGGUGGAGGCUAUGAAGCAGAAGCAAAGUUUGAUCCCUCACGAUACGGUUAGUGGUAUGCAAAGAAUUCAACUAUCCGUUUCACCCCGACGGUUUGUUCCGGGGGCGGAUAUGCACAUGCAAUACCUGGAAGAUCAUCAGGAAUACUUGGACAGCAAAGUUCACCAGUACGAUACUAACAAUGAAAAGUUUCAAUUCUUAGUGACCAGUAGUGAUUACGAUCCGACGUUGGCAGCCAAAACUAUUCUAUAUAUCUAUUCUGAGAUGGCAAAUGAAACUCAACCUACUCGUAGUAACAAGGAUGAAACGAAAAUCAGUCGCCUGUUCGGCUCUCCACAAAAAACCACCCAACGUUGCCUCAAGUACAACACCGAAAAUGUCAAAAAUAAUAUCCUAGUGUGCAAUCUCCUGUAUCCUACCAACACCAACAACCGACAUGUCGACGGAACAUUGCGUCAAUUUUGAAAAUUAUAUGUCCGUUGAAAAAACUACACCGGCCUGGUGCGACACGUGCAACAAGUUCACUCCACUUAUCAAAAGCGUCGCGCAGGAAGUGGAUCAACUUUCUGAUCCGAAGAGCGUCCAGUCAGAGGGGCACACCGGAUCGAAUGAAAGUGUUUCUCCGCCUGGAGCGCUCCACCAACAUAAAGGCAAAGACUCGUACGAUGCAAUCAUUUUGACCAGCAGCAUAUCGUCGUUCGAUAUGGAAAACAGGGGCGCUAGCAUUGACUUCGACUUCCAAUUGUUUCCAGCUGGUGAAACAUUACCGAACAAUACUGUAUGCGGUGAUGGUAGUGCAGGGAGUAAUUUAGAUUUUAUUUUUUUGGGUUUCCCCCAGCAACAGAAUCCGUCAGGAACAUCACAGAAUAAUAAUCCCGAAGCUUUCGAUUUCCUUGAAGGUGAUGACAGCGGCGCUGGAUUCGAGUUUUUCUAAGAACACGUAAACCUAAACAAUCCGCACAUUAUGUCAUGCAUAGUUUGCUAGAAAGUAAUUUUAGUCAAGAAAAAAUAUCUGGAAGGUUCCGAUAUUAUAUGGUACAUCUAUGGAACUGUACCAUUGUAUUAUUAUUUGUAUAUGAAGUGAUUCUCUAAUCGAAAAUAUAGCAAUAUGACGAAUAGACUGGUUCAGAAAUUAACUACAAUACAUAGGCCUCAGACCCAGCA